AUGGUCAGUCCAACCACUGCGCAGCCGGAUAGCAAUCUCGCUGGUUCAAGUGUUAGCAAUGUGAAUCUGAUCAAGCCUUCUAGUGCGAAAUUAAAGACUACUGAAACAGAACUCGACGGGUCGAACACAAUUCGAUCACCCGCUCCAGAGCCACUGAAAGAGUCAACGAGUAAUAACGAGGAAAAUGAAAAAGUUUCCCAAGAAAAUGAGCCCACCAAAAAAAUAAUACCUCCUCCUGCACCUAUACCAGCAGUUAAUGUUUGGCAAGUAAGAAAGGAGGCCAUGAAUGCAAAAAAGGUGACAGAAGUCACCGGCUUUAAUGACAAGGAAAAAGAGGUUGUAAGUGAUAUCAAGAAAAACGAAAAUCGAGAAAUUGAUCCACUAGAACAUAAAGAUGAUGUCAAGCGAGUAUCAAAAAAAGAACUAAAGAAAUUAAAAGCACCAUCGAUAUUACCGCCUUUGGAAGAUCAAAGUAGCUGGCCUGCUCCUGCUGAGGUUUUGACCAAAGAUAAAGGAAAGGAACAAAUUGACCUCGUUGAAAAGAAGUCACCCAAUGAUAACAACGUCAAAAAAGAUGAUAGUCCUAAAAGAGGCAAAGGUAAAUGGAUUCCGUAUCCGAUUGUUACUCAACAUACACCAUCACCUAGCCACGACAAGGCAAAAGCUCGACGUCGUAGCGAAGAUCACGUUGGAUUGCGUGAACGUAGGUCAAGUGAGAAAGUUCUAAAUACAGAACCCGAUUCUCAAUCGGUACAUAACGGCAAUUCAAAUAGACGUCGUGCUAGUGUUCCUCCGCCAACGAGAGAAUAUGGUCGACGAUAUUCACAACCCGGUGACGGUCAAAUUGGGCAUCACGCAAAUGGGUAUCGUGGUGGUCGAAGGGGCGGAAGAGGUCGUCCCUAUAAUGGCAUUCGUGGGCCAUCUCGUUCUGUCACCGUUCCUUAUACCUCUGGAUAUGUCCAACCAUAUAAUAAUGUGUAUGGUACAAAGAUUGGUUUAGUCUAUGAUGUCGACCUUGUGAAAUACUAUAUUUUACAGCAGAUAGAUUAUUAUUUUAGUAUUGACAAUCUUUGCAAGGAUAUAUAUCUGCGAAAUAAUAUGGACUCCGAGGGUUAUGUUCCUAUUGCUUUGUUAGCCGGGUUUAAUCGAGUGAAGGCACUUACAACGGAUUUUGAACUUAUUCGUGAGGCUCUUCUUAAUAGCUAUAAUGUCGAAGUUAAUGGUGAUAGAGUCCGAAAACGAGAAGGAUGGCAGUUUUGGGUGUUGCCAAAACAACACGAUACGGUCGAACAACAGGAAGGAGUGGAACAUGCUGAUGGUCAAGCGAUAACAGAGGCGGUUAGCUGUCCACAGUGUGAUGUUCAUGCAGAGGAUGAGAAUAAGGAAAAUCAGGAAAUGCCAACUAUUCCAGAAGGUAUUUCCGAAAAUGGAUCGCCACCCUGGAUUUUGCAUACAAAAAAACGACGUGCACUUUCUUCAUCUACUAUCACGACCAAAUCUUCUCGCGAUGUUUCGAGACAGACUUCAACGCAAACUGCCGAUGAUGAACUAUUUCAAUUUGAUGAAGACUGGACCGGAGAUUCCAGGAACAACACAAUACAGAAGUAUUAUGCUACGAAAAAGGAUAAAAGUCAUGUUCAUUUUGAGAGAAAGGCAAUGAAUGAUGAAAUUGCUGAAAUUAUUAACGAAGGACUUUACCAUUAUGAAUACGAUCUUCACAGAAAGAAGCGUGUUGAUAGUGCCAAUAUUACGCGGAAGGUUGACAUUGUUAGUGAGGAACAAUUCGCAUCGUUAGUAUCUUCGACAAAAUCACGAGAUGAACCAUUAGGCUCUUCAGGAGUCAAUUCAUCAAGUAAAACUGCAUCGUCAGAAAAUGAGAGGAAAGGAAAGAAAAAAUCAACACGUUUCUGGCAUGUUAAAGGGGCACCUCAAGGACAUCAUAGUUCUAAUUCCAAGAUAAACCAUAAGAAUACACCAGAUACUCGUCAAUAUUUUGCUCAAGAUGCAGUUGGCUGGGUGCUUGGCGAUCAACCAUAUCACCCAUCGGAGGGUACGUCGCAUGCAGGUUUAUCGCACUCGCCCUUAAACCAAAGUAAUGGCUUAUCAAAUAGCUUCUCGGAACAGCUAUCUUCGUCUGCUGAUUUGGCACGGUCAUUUCCUUCCUUCCAACAUCCGAGUCAUGAGCUAUUACGAGAGAAUGGUUUUAUUCAACAUAAAUACUAUAAAUAUCAUGCCAAGGCUUUGAAAGAACGAAAACGCCAAGGCAUUGGUCAAUCACAAGAGAUGAAUACUCUCUUUAGAUUUUGGUCUCACUUCUUGCGUGAACAUUUUAAUAAACGCAUGUAUUCUGAAUUCAAGAAACUUGCGGUUGAGGAUGCCAACGCAAAUUAUCGUUACGGCCUCGAAUGUUUGUUCCGUUUCUAUUCGUAUGGUCUUGAGAAAAAAUAUCGUCAAGACCUAUUCGACGAUUUUCAGGAAUUGACAUUGGCUGACUACGAAAAAGGAUACAUUUACGGGCUUGAAAAAUUUUGGGCCUAUUUAUAUUAUAGAAAAGACAAAGAUAAGAGAAAGGUUGAAGUUUGUGAAAAACUAAAUCAGCAUGUCGAAAAAUAUAAGGUAGAUAGGCCAACAUGUCUGUUUGAUUAG